CUGUACAGAUUUAUCAUCUUGUUCUGUUAUAGGUAUGUUAUAUUCUCUGUUUAUCUGUACAGAUUUAUCAUCUUGUUCUGUUAUAGGUAUGUUAUAUUCUCUGUUUAUCUAUUUAUCAUCUUGUUCUGUUAUAGGUAUGUUAUAUUCUCUGUUUAUCUGUACAGAUUUAUCAUCUUGUUCUGUUAUAGGUAUGUUAUAUUCUCUGUUUAUCUGUACAGAUUUAUCAUCUUGUUCUGUUAUAGGUAUGUUUUAUUCUCAGAUAUUUAA